GCAGGCGCGGGCGGCCAUGGCGACCUUCUUCGGGGAGGUGGUGGUGGCUCCGUCCCGGGCCGGCCUGGACGAGGAGGAGGAGGCGCGGGAGGAGACGCCCGAGGACCGGGAGAUCCGCAGGGAGAUCGAGAAGAAAAGGGAGAUCCAGCUCCUGUGGAGCUGUGCCGAGCAGCCCUUGGUGUGCUCCAGGUUCAUCGUGGCCAUCGGCAGGAACGCUGCGGCUUUCCUGUCAUCUUUUAUCCUGGAUUCUGUGUGCUGGGAAGUGGUUGGAGUUGUGAAGCUGUGGAAUGAGUGGUGCAGAACAUCCAGCACCACAAAUGUCCUUCCCACAGACUCUUUCUGUUUGUUCUACAGAUUGAUUUCAGAUCCCACAGUUGUAUUGUGCCAGUGUAGUUGCUACGUGGCUGAGGAUCAACAGUUCCAGUGGCUUGAGAAGGUUUUUGGCUCCAUGCAGAAGAAAGACUUGCAAGUAACCAUCCUUUCCACAUGUCCUGUAGCUGAUUAUAAAACUCAGGAAUCCACUCUGACACUUGUAUCUCCAUUCCUGAAAGCCUUGAAGACCAAAGAAUUCCAGGAGCAGGUCUGCUGCCCGCUGCUGGAGCAGCCCAACAUUGUGAGGGACCUCCCUGCUGCUGUUCUGAGUUACUGCCAGGUGUGGCAGAUCCCUGCAGUGCUGUACCAGUGUUACACUGAUGUCAUCAAGCUGGACACGGUGACCAUUGAAGCCUUCAAGCCUCUGCUCUCUUCUCAACUCCUGAAGAGUUUAGCCAAGGAUGCCUCUGAAAGCACAAAGAUUUUGAAGAAGUUCCUGACAACCAGUGAAAGUCACAAUAAUAUCUACAUCUGACAAGGACAAUUAUGCUGCAAUUUUGUAAACUCUAGUUUCUUCUCUAGAGGACUUCUGGGAUUUUUUUUUCCCCCUGAAAAGUAGAAUAAAUUCCAGUAAAUUUUUACUUUCCCGCUCAUUUUUCUUGUUUUUUACUUCAUCACUGCAAACACCCUUCUGCAUGGCUUGGAAGACUUUCUUCUGGAGUGAUUUUAGGAAAGAUAUCUUGGAUAUGAGAAGCAACUCCUUUUUCUCCUCCUGAAGGGAUUGCCUUACCUAAAAGUAUUCCUUUUAUAUUUCAAAGAGGGAAAUGCAGAUAAGGAAUUCAGUCUGUACCUAACGAGACCUCUCCCUUUUUCUUAGUUUAUUUUGAGAUCUGAAGGUUUUUCUAAUAUUUUAUGUUCUUCAAAUAUUUGUCUGUAAUCGCAUGCACUCUCUGUCCUUUUCCAUCCACAGAGAAUUUUGCUUAUGUUAAUGGCUCCACAUGCCCUUUUUAAUGUAUGUGUUGAUACAAAAUGCAGUAAUUAAAGUAUGGUAAAUGCUUUUAAAACUUGCUAGUGAAAAAUAACUUCUCCUGGUCAAAGGGACUGGCAGGAUGAUAGGCUGCUUCAGCUGGAUUUGUCAGGGCAAACUGAUUUAAUUCACUUUAAAACACCAAAAUUUGGGCAAUGGUAGGAAUAGUAAAAGAUCUCUUAGGCAGAGCAUGUGAUUUUUAGAGGAAGUUAAAAUGUUUUAAACUGUCUCAGAAAAUUCUCUGGAAGUUGGUAACAAUUUCAGCAGUUUAUUUCACUUAUUAACUUGGAUUGAGGUGCAGUUCUCAGUUGUACUGUGUUUAAUUUACAUUUUGUGUAAGAAAAUGGUGUUAAAAAUAUUAAUUUGCUCCCAGGUAAUUAUGUUCUCUGCUGGGUGCAACUUUGACUCACUCUGGAUGCUCAGUAGAUAUUUUUGAACAGUUUUCCUUCAGAGAACUGUCACUGAUUUAAAUUUUCACUUCAGGUAAUUACAGAUGAGCAGAUCUUGCCUAAAGUGGUGCUGGAUUUUGGAUCAAAUUCUGAAGCUUUGUUGGUGUUGGGGUUGUUUUGUUUUUGUUGUUUUUUUUUUCCUGUUUCUGUCCAUCCUUUUAAUUCAGAAAUUGGUUUUAUGUGUGAUCUGAGCUGAGAAUUUUGUUGUUUUGAAAGCUGGCAGCACCAUUUUCUUACUUUUACGUGUUUGGUUCAUAAUAAAUAAAGCAGAUAACAGGAAAUAUCUUUAAUAGUAAAUUAUGCAGACCCUUAGAAGAAUUGUGAAUGGAUUUCUGGUGUUUGUGUGCUCACCCAGGCAGUUUGCAAUGUUUCAGAACAGUUAUUGUAUUAUAUUUAAUUCAGUUUUUACUACCUGACUUUAUGCUGAGGUGUGAGAAUGCUCCUAACAUCUUGAAUAAAAGUGGCAAACAAAACCAGGGCAGCCUGGGAGAAGAAAUCAGACUGAAA